UUGGUUCCGGAGGCUUACAGGCAAAAGUUUAGGUUGUGGAGAAAAGGGGAGAAACAAACACAUGUAGAAUUUGCAAGGGAUAUUUUAAUGCAUUUUAAUCGGUGGUGUACAGCAUCGGAAGUUAAGUCUUUGGAAGAUCUAAAGAAUUUAAUUGUGCUGGAACAAUUAAAAAAUUCUGUUUCUGAUCGCCUUGCUACAUACGUGACUGAGCACAAAGUUAAGACCGCAUAUGAGGCUUCUGUUUUGGUGGAUGAAUUUGUUUUGAUUAAUAAGGCUUCAUUUGGUCAUCGUUUUCAUGGAGGGUCUGUUAAGAGGGACUCUAAUUGGCAUCCUUUUUCUAAUUCUGGGGUGUAUGCUGUAGGGGAGCAAGUGAGUCGUUCACCUAAGGUUAGAAAUCUUGAAAAUAUCUGCCAUUACUGUCGUGCCAGUGGUCACUGGAAAAAUGAAUGUCCUUUUUUGAAGGCAAAAACAGAGGGCCCUUCUUCCUCUAAAACACAUUUUAGAAGUGCUCCAGCCCCUGUAAAAUCUGUCAGCUUGGUUGCAGCAGUUCCUCCUGUUUUAAAAUCUGUAGAUGGAAAAGUUUGUGAUCCCAUGUAUGUUCCAUUUGUUACAGAGGGUUCUGUUCACUUAGUUGGCUCUGCAAAGCAAGUUCCCAUUCGUAUUUUGAGGGAUACUGGGGUGUCAGAAUCUUUUAUAUUAGAGUCUGUGUUGCCUUUUUCUUCUAAUUCAUAUACAGGCAGUGAUGUCUUAAUUAGAGGAAUUGGAUUAAAAGUACUGACUGUUCCACUACAUAGAGUUGUUCUGUCAUCUGAUCUUGUUAAUGGAGAGGUAGAAUUGGGUGUACGUUCUUGUUUGCCAGUAGAGGGGGUGCAUUUGAUUCUAGGAAACAAUCUUGCUGGUGAACGUGUCUGGGUAAAUGGUUCUCCAUCUUUGGUUGUAACUUCAACACCAAACAGUCAGAUGGGUGUUUUGGAGGAUGUUUCCCCUGAGAUAUUCAACUCUUGUGCUGUGACACGUGCUAUGAGUAAAACACCAUUAACCUCUGUUCCUUUGUCUCCAACAGAAAUUUCUGAGGGUAAAACAGUCGAAAUUCCCUCUUCCCUCUCUGUUUCCCGUGAUGAGUUGAUAAGGGAGCAGGUGGCUGAUCCUUCUCUCAAAUCCGAACCAGCGAUUGAUGAGAUGGUGUCUGUUUUUACAGGGGUACCACCUAGACAUACGGCAUAUCAAGGGCCAGGAUAAUGUAAUUGCUGAUGCCCUGUCCCGUGGUCCACUGGGUAAAUAAAUUCAGGCUGCUGUCUUGUUUUUCUCCAGUGUUUUAAUUUUUCUCUUUUUGCUUUCUCUCC